UAGCAAAUUGUUCGAGCGUGUUACCUGCACGACAUAUGGCGCUUUCAUAUUAAAAUAAUACGCGACGAUUUGUUUUAAUUAAAAUAGAAUCGAUGUCGCGAGCCAAAAAUUCAUUUGCACUUUAAACGUCUGGUAAAUAUUUUCGAUUUAGUACGCGACCUAUCGCCAUGAUAACACGGCUCAUGCAAAGUUAGUGCUUCAUUUCGUAGAUUCAAAGUUAUUAACUAGAAUUUUCAAUUAGUAUUUUAUCGGCGCGCAUAAUUAAAACGGUGCGAUUUUAACGAAUGGUCGCUUUUACAACCUGCUUAUCAUGAAUUUUAAAAGCCCGACCACGAAAUAGCCGUUCAUUGUUGAUGAAACACAGAUACAGUGUCGACAAACACAUAUAAGUGGUUUAUAUUAUGUUUUUUUCACAUAAACAAGAACCUACGUCAAAUCGCGUGGUGCGAUUAACAGUGUAUUUUUAGUGGUUGGUUCCAGAGGCAGUGAUUUGCAAAAUUUAUUUCCAAUCCUGUACAAGUUUUGAAUGCGGUCAAAAAACAUUUUUGUAUGAAAAAAGGUUGUGUACGUUGCGAAAGAUAAACCACAGCAUGUAAUGGAUUUAGAUAAGCGUUAACAUUAAUCUCACCACGGUUUGAGAUAUAGAAUUAAAAUCAGUACGAAACUGCCUGUAUAAAAGUACCGUACUGCAACAAUGGUCAAAGAACAAGGUGACCAUGUCAUUGUAAUUUAGCACAAUCUUUGUUAUCUUGACCUAUGAUUCGAUGCAUAUUGUUUACAAGAUCCAGAAGGUCCAGAUUGGAAACUAGUGCACGAUGUUAGAGAUCAAACUAAACCGUCCGUUCGACUGUUGUGUUUUGUGGGUGAUUUGUUGUCCCGUCCGCGUGAUUCAGUGAUAAACGUUGAAGGGGGUUGGUGAUUCAUGACUCCGAUGGGGUCGAUGGCGAAUAUCAGGAGGUGUCUGUCCCAAAUGUCCAUGCUGGCCUUCAAAGCCAGCUCUUCUGGGGAGGAAGCUUGGGCGCACACUUGGACAAGAUACAGGCAAUCAAGGUUUAAUGCAAGAAGGCAGAGGAAACGUGUAGUCUUCAAACAUGGCGACUGCAACGUCGUCCAAGGGAACGUGGCCAAAAGACGUAGGAGGUAUUUGCAGGACAUUUUUACAACUCUGGUAGACGCACAAUGGCGCUGGACGCUAGCUGUCUUCUCCCUUAACUUCCUCCUGUCCUGGCUGUUGUUCGCCAUCGUCUGGUGGCUAAUUGUGUUUACACACGGCGACCUCAACCAAGAGCACACGGCUGGCAACGAUACGGAGUUCGUGCCUUGCAUCACCAACAUCUACAGCUUCACAUCCUGCUUCCUGUUUAGCGUGGAGACUCAACACACGAUUGGCUUUGGCGGCCGUACGAUAACAGAGGAAUGUCCCGAGGCGAUUUUCGUGAUGUGCACCCAGAGCAUUGUGGGCGUCAUAACGCAGGCGUUUAUGGUCGGGGUGGUGUUCGCAAAAUUAUCUCGUCCCCAGAAACGUACCCAAACGCUGAUGUUCUCCAGGAACGCGUUGAUAAGCCAGAGGGACGGGGUACCGUGCUUGAUGUUCAGGGUCGGGGACAUGAGGAAGAGUCACAUCAUCGAAGCGCAUGUGAGAGCGCAGUUGAUCAAGCACAAGAUCACCAAAGAGGGGGAGAGUCUGCCGUUCUUCCAAACUGAACUGAAGGUAAGGGAUAAAGUUGGCGGUGAUGGUGAGGAAGACAAGAUCUUUUUCAUCUGGCCCACUACAAUUGUUCAUAAAAUUGAUAAAAACUCCCCCUUGUAUAAUAUGUCAGCCACAGAUCUUCUGAGGGAGCGGUUCGAAAUCGUUGUAAUAUUAGAGGGUGUAAUUGAAUCUACCGGUAUGACAACACAAGCAAGAUCCAGUUAUUUGCCGUCGGAAAUAUUGUGGGGACAUAGAUUCCAAUCUCUAAUUCAGUUCAAGAAGGAUUCUGGAGAGUACGAGGUGGAUUACGCUCUCUUCAACAACACCGUGGAGGUGGACACCCCACUUUGCAGUGCUCGAGAAUUAGAUGAGCACAGAGCCAUCUUCAACAACGAUCUUGAAACUGACAGAAAUUACUUGCAAAUUAAUGAUAUAAGACCAGGAAUGUUCCCCUCAAUUCGCUCGCAUUCCAGCGAUACACUGUCCAGUAUGGAUUCCAUGUCCUUGGACGAUGGCCAUAUAGAAAUGAAGCCCUGUCCCAUUCCAGUAACUGUAACAGCGCCUGAAGAAACUGUUCCACUGAAGAAUGGCAGCGCCAUUCCAGUUUAGACGCUGCAAAAGUGUUGUUUAAAUGUAUAUCUAUCUAGUUAUUUAAAGCGCUUAAAUAUUGUUAGGUUUAGUUAAAUUGUCGCUGGUCGAUGAUUUCAUAAACUACUUUUAAAUGUAUAUAUUUUGUAUGAUAUUUCGUGGUAUUCUAUACAAAAUAUCCACAUGGAUGUUAUAAAUGCAAAAAAAGUAUUAUUAAAGUUAGUAUGUUGUAAUGCAUCACAAUUUUGGCUUGUUUCCUGGAUAGUCGAAUAUAAAGGGCUGUGUGAAAUUCUAAAAGGUGUUUGUGAUAGCUAUAAAAUUAAAUUAUUGACUAGAUUUUAAUAAGUUUUAUCCAUGUAGACCAUAAUCCAAAUAUGUCCAAUUUUACUUUUCUGAUUUGUAAUUAUUUUUUAUUUUUAUACCUUAUUUCUUUUUUAUUUGCGUUGUAAGUAUUUAUUUUUAUACCAGGUACUUAACCAUAACCAUUUUAGAGUGUAAAUAUAAGCGUUGUGUCAAUUUUUGACCAUCACUCACUAAAUUGUAUCAAAAAUAAACAUGUGUAAAACCUU